CGAGUGAUAAGGUGACCAACUCGAAACAAAAACCGAGUGAAAAUGCAUGCUUCUGCCUUCAACAUAGAUGUCCCAUCGACUCACUCAGAGCUUGAAAACAUACACUGCAAGCAAAGCCUCAUCUCGCUUCUCUUCUCCAAGUUCUUUUUGGUGCCGCCAUGAAUCUACAGCACUGCAUUUCUAUCAGAACAAGCACUUGGACUUGUAUGCUUCUCGAGAGGCGAAAAGGCUGACGCUCCGCCAGUUGGUACGUUAAGAACUUGCUAUAGUUGGAAAUAUCACGCAUUACAUGUUUAGGUCUUUUUCGGACGUUCCAUGGAUGAAGAGCGACUGGUAAAGAGCGCCAACUACGUUAGGACGGAACUGCCGGUGCGAAUAGCACAUCGAAUCCGCGACCUUCAAAGUCUUCCGUACGUUGUUGUUACUCAGGAAGGAGUUGCGAAAGUAUACGAGUUAUACUGGACGGCUUUCGAGAAGUUCAGGCGUUAUCCACCUAUCACGAAUCUUCAAGAGAAUCAAGCAUUCUGUCAGUUUCUAUCUGGUAUACUGGAUGAACAUGCGACAGUUAUCCCGAACCUUUCUUUAGGGCUUUCCCUUUCCUCCCCGUACCUCCCCCCUGAUGUUUUGGAUUCCUUCAUGCGACGCAUGCUCGUCUCCCGCAUAUCCAGGCGUGUCUUAGCGGAACAUCACAUUGCACUGUCCGAAAAUUACGUUGGAAAACAUGCUCGUAGCGGACGUCGAGACAGUUCUGAAGCUCAUGUCGGCAUCAUCUUUACUGCUCUCGACGUUAGGAAAAGCAUCGAACGUUGCGCUCGGCUACUGCAGAAGCAGCCGGUAACAGGGGAAACAGACCCAAAUCUUGCGCCGUGUCCUGAAAUCGUCAUCGAGGGCCAUACUGAAACAAGAUUCUCUUACAUUCGGGAGCAUUUGGAAUAUAUAGUAUUUGAGCUCCUCAAGAACUCGAUACGAGCUACACAGAUAAACAAUCGUGGAUCAUCUGUCCUUCCUCCAGUAAAGGCCACGAUAGCUGCAGGGACGAAUGAUGUUGGUAUCCGAAUAUCUGAUCAAGGAGGUGGCCUUCUUGCUGUCCAGAAGCGAUACGGAAUCCAGUCACCGUCCGAUUUAUUCUCAUUUUCCCAUGUUCGGAAUUCUGCACGUAUGGAAGUGGACCGCAUCGGAGCUUUGCGUACCGUGAUCUCUCGACCACAGGGAGUAUGGGCGACUGUCGGUGAACAAAUUCCACGGAUUGGAAUUGGCCUACCUAUGAGUAACAUAUUCGCAAAAUACUUUGGGGGCUCUUUGGAGCUAAUAUCAGUAGAUGGCUGGGGAACUGAUGCCUAUCUGCGCCUCCCCAAACUGGGAACGAAUCUAGAAGGUAUUGAAGUCUAGUUCUUGGCGCAAUCAAUCCUCUAGUUACUUCAGACGUUGUUCGUCGAUAAAUGUAUGUAUUUCACUCGCAGGUGCUUCCUUGUUGUAGAUUCAGAUGAACAGAGUAUAUAGUAGAGAAAGAUUACCAAACGGCC